AUGGAGCAAUCAUUGUCGUUAACACAAAGUCGCGUACUUAAGUAUUUUUUCUUUCAUUGCACUUUAAUCUCACGUUUAGUGGGUGCCUUAAACUUUUCGUAUGAUUUUAAACGUCAAAAGUUCGUGCAACAGUCAAAAAUUCAACAUUAUUAUUGUGCCUGCUUACACAUUAUCUAUGUUUUAAUCUUACCCUGGGCUUUGGCGUCAUCGUAUUUUAAAGAGGCCUCUUUUGAGCAGAAACCAUUCUAUAUACUACUGAACGUAGCUAUAACGGUAUUACGUUUACCGGCCUUAUUUUUAACACUUUUGGGCACUUGGUUGGGACGUAAAAACUUUAUUAAAGUUAUUCAACGUUUUGAGCUAUUGCGCUUGCGUUAUUUUCAUUUGUUAAGUGAAACCAAACGUCGGGAAAUUUUGAAACAUAAUGAUAUAUUAAUCUCUUUAAAAAUAAUAACUUCUAUCAGUUUGAUUUCAACUUUCUAUAUGCGUAUUUUGAUUUUUGCUAAAAAUCCUUCUCGAGAGUUUAUUGCUUACAGUGUAUACUUUGGCAUUCUGGAAGCUUUAAGUAUUUUCAAAAUGAAUUUCUUUUACUGUUGUAUGUGUUAUGCAAAUUGUGUGGUGCGUUAUGUACGUGACAUAUUAUUGGAAGAAUGCUCGAAAAUAACGGCUCAUAAAGUUGGGGAAUUAUUAAAAAUUUAUAUGGAAGUUAGUCGUUUGGUUAAGGAGAUACGUCGUGUUUAUCAAUGGGAAAUAUUAAGUAUCACUUUGGCUUCAAUGGUGGCUUUGAUUGGUUUACUGUUUAAUUUUAUCAUAAAUUGGCAGAAUUUGGAACAACAUCAGCUGGGAGUUUGGUAUAUAUUGCUUUUGAUUUUUGGUCUAAAUGCCGCUUUUGUUAAUAUGUUGGAUAUUUUGUUAAUUGCUUUCGUCUGUUGCAAUACCAUCAUGUGUACCAGACGUAUAAGAGAUGUUUUGCUGCUCAUAAAUGUUCAAACACAAUCACAAAAUCAAGAUGAAUUACAAAAAGAGCGCAUAAGUGGACCCAGAUGUUCGAGAAUCAAUCAAACACAUUAUAUAGUCAGCAGUAUUUACUUUGGCAUUAUAGAUCUAACCAAGGUGUUGGUAGAUGUAAAUAUCUAUAUGGGUCUUUUAUUCAUCUAUAUGUGUGUGCAGAUAUUAAUACAAAGUUUAAGAAAUAUUGAAAAAGAAAUUCAAUUAAUGCAUCAAUUACAAAGGAAUGGACAGACAAUUAAUCUUAAACUUCAUCAAAAAUGGCGUCAAAAGUUAAAUCAGAACAUAACUCUUAUCGCUAGAGAUGCAGGCAAAUUAAAAAGUUUGGCAGAAGAAUUAUUUAUAACGGAUAUAAAUAAUGUUAGUUUGUUAUAUAAUAUUUGCGAAUUAUUAAUAAAUAGUUUUAAAGAAAUGGGUCAUUUGGUUUAUCAAACUGGUAUUUAUGCCUCAUUGGGUACUAGAGAUAUAUUUCGCAGAGAUGAUUUGACUUUAAGUUUGGAGUUAUUAUUACUGCAGCUACAAUAUCGUGAAUUUAAAUUUAGCGUUUGUGGAAUAUUUGUUAUUAAUAAUAGCACUUGUAUGUCUUUAAUAAGUUCAGUGGUAUUAAAUUUAUUAUAUCUUAUACAAUCGGUAGUGCAAUUAUUAUAA